GUCACAUGGCGCCUGCGCUGCUGAGGCGCCAGUCGCUGUUCGCAGGAAAGUUUUGGUAGCAGCAGCAGGAGCCGGAGGGCUCUAGGGUGACACCUGCAAGGAGGACUUAGCUGCCUCUUCCAGUCUCCCCCCCUCUCGGAAGCUUUCUAGCCAAUGCAGGAGAGUUGUGCAUUGGGGAUCGCGAGGGAAAUGCAACUGGAAACCCCGAAGUGUGUGUAGGAACCUGAGCAUUUCACUGAGGGGGUGAUAGGAGGAGGCAGGUCUGAGUCAGCGAGAGAUUCCAUCAGAAGGCAUCAGAGCAGCCUGGAGUUAUGGGACCAGACCCUUCACCUGCCUGAUCUUGCUCAGAAGGACACGUAGCUGUAAACCUGACUGAGCCUUGCAUGUGAGGCGGCGAUUGGUGUUCAGCAUGGCAGGUGUGCCAACUUUGAUCCUCUUCCUGUGCACUGUUAAGGAUGUUCUACCCUCCAAUUCCCGCUGGAAACCAACCUGGCCGUCUUACAAAGUUCCAGUAAUCCUGCCACAAUCUACCCUUAAUCUAGACAAACCACAGUUUGAUGCAGAAACCAAACUGGAGGUAGUAUCCUCUUGCGGCCUAGAGUGCCACAAGCGUUCCCCGCUGCCGACGUAUGAAGAAGUGAAGGACUACCUGUCCUAUGAGACCUUGUAUGCCAAUGGUAGUCUUGUUGAAACUGAAGUAGGCAUUUACAUUAUCAGCCGUGGCGGUGAUGGGUCACAAAGCAGAUCUCGAACAAAGAGGCAGAUCUAUGGCUACGACAGCAGGUUUAGCAUUUUUGGCAAGGACUUCUUGUUGAAUUACCCUUUCUCCACUUCAGUGAAGUUGUCCACAGGUUGCACGGGGACACUGGUGGCAGAAAAGCACGUCCUUACCGCAGCUCACUGCAUCCAUGAUGGCAAAAGUUACGUCAAAGGAGCCCAGAAACUGAGGGUGGGCUUCCUGAAGCCUAAAGUGAAACAUGGUAACAAAGGAGCUAAUAUCACGAGCUCAACAAUGCCUGCAAAAAUGAAAUUCCAGUGGAUCCGAGUGAAACGGACACACGUCCCUAAAGGAUGGAUCAAAGGAAAUGCCAACGAUAUCGGCAUGGAUUAUGACUAUGCCCUGUUGGAGCUCAAGAAGCCACACAAAAGAAAAUUUAUGAAGAUAGGUGUGAGCCCACCAGCUAGACAGUUGCCUGGAGGGAGGAUUCACUUCUCUGGCUAUGACAAUGAUCGCCCGGGAAAUCUGGUUUACCGUUUCUGUGACGUCAAAGAUGAAACAUUUGACCUCUUGUAUCAGCAGUGCGAUGCCCAGCCAGGGGCGAGCGGGUCUGGGGUGUAUGUGAGGAUGUGGAAGAGACAGCAUCAGAAAUGGGAGCGUAAAAUUAUUGGAAUAUUUUCAGGGCAUCAGUGGGUGGACAUGAAUGGCGCCCCACAGGAUUUCAAUGUGGCUGUUCGCAUCACACCCCUCAAAUAUGCACAGAUCUGUUACUGGAUCAAAGGCAACUAUCUUGACUGUAGGGAUGGAUAAAGACAAUGAACCUUCCAGAAAGCACUUAAUAGCCUUAAUUACUUAUCCAAGGAAAAGCCAAACUUCUAUUGUUACGAAUAUGUGUGAUUCUACUUUGAAACACCUGGACAUAAUUUAUAAAAUUACAAGCAGGCCACCUUGUUCUUUGGAAGGUGAUUGUGUGACAUAAUUGCAGUUAGAAAAUGUUAAUUUGAGGAGGUAGAAAAACUGUUGGGAGGGGAGAGCUCAGGUGGAAUUGCUGACUUUGCAGUUCUAGCAAUUUAAGAUUAACUUGGAGGUUGGUAAACAAUGCAAAAUCUGAAGGGUCUCCAAAGAGUUGUAUGAAAGGAAUGCUGUCGGGUAACUCACACCUGCUUUGUUUGUACCCCAAACACAGAAUUAAUAGAAAUGUUUUAAUCUGAAAUUUUAAAUGAAAAUAUUUCUAUUAUAUCGGAGGUAAAAAAGGGUGUUUAACAACAAACCCCCACCUGCAGUGUUUGCCACCCAAACGUUGCCGUAUUGUGCUAGUGCAUGAGAACCAGAGUGCAAGAGAGACUAGGCUUACAUUGUUGAAGAUGAAUGUCAUGCAAAUAACAUAUAGGGUAAAUAAAUAGAUGUGAUUUUUUCCAGUUUUAACGUUUGAGUGAUUUGAGGCUUUAUGAGUAACAUAGGUAAGAAAAUACUUUUUAAACAUCUAGGCCAUAAUCAUGCAAAGCCAGGCAUGCAUGGAAUUUGAGUCACGCAAGCGGUGCCAUUGAGUUCUGCUCACUUAAAUAGAGUUAUACAUGGGAUUAAAUUUUUAGCAUCUGGGCCACAAUUGUUAACAUGACAGUGUCCCUAUACGUAUAUUGUGUAGAAGGUGUAUAGGGGGAAGAGAGUUGUUUCCUUUUAUGACUUAUCUAGAUUUUUAAUCAUGGAAAAUGUCUAGCUGUCAGCGUCCCCUCCAGCAAUGCAAGCCCUUUGGGAGAGGAGAAGAACCAUCCUUAGUCUUCUUGGCUUCCUAAGUUGUAAGGCCUUAAAGUAAAUAGAAGGAGAGAGGAUGAUGUAGUUGUUACUGCAUUUUUCCUUCCAUCCCUUGGAAAUCAAUGCCCUUCUUCCCACAAAUGGAUGAGAAAGAAGGAAAAGUUUUGUUAAUUAGAUUUUUAUGUGUAUCUCGCUCACCCCACUUUGACAGAGUACCUUAACCCAGAUCUUGACUUCUUAUUUUUUCUUACAGCAUUUGGGACAGUUUUCUUUAAACAUUGCAAGUUAUGAGCCGUUCUUGACACACAAAGCUCACCAGUUCUGCAGCUGUAAUAGAGCUAAUUGAAAGAGCCAAAUUGUAGGACGUAAUCUGAAAUAUGGAUAAAAUGAUGCACUGGUGUCUCUUGUAGACCUUGAUGCCUGUAAUUUUACUGUAGCAAAAUUAUAAUUCCAGCAAGAACUACCUUGUUAUGGGUUGAAAAAACCCAGACAAAUACUUUUGUGCAGCAAAUAAUGUCAGUAAAACAAAGAACUUUCGACACAUAAUAUUUCUCAGGUGGAUUACACCACUGUAUUUCAGUAACAUUGCUAGGCUGGUGUCAUGGCAGCCUGUCACCACUCUUUAAAUAGGAAGGUGGACACUGGUUCAAACUCCAGUCUCCAUUCCAUCCAUGCAUCUCCCGCUAACUUCUGAAGCUCGUUGAGCUAUGCACAGAUGUUACCGGGGCAAAGAGCAGCACUGUCCAGGAAAAUGGCUGAGUUGAGCAAGAUUGAGUCUAGGUAGGCUUGUUCCUGAGCUUUAUACGAAAAUUGUAAUUCAUUUAAGCCUUAUUUUUCUUUCACUUUACUAAUUUUUGUGGUGUGGGAAAACACACUCCUGAUGGUGCUUUAUCUUUCUAGAGGCUUUGGCUCUAGUUCUGAAAGCCAUUUUUGCAAGAGCAGCCUAAAGAUGUUUUUGAUAGCAGGUGCAGUGUUCAAAACUGUGGUACCCUUCCUUGCUGGGUGUUUGAACUCAGAUACAUACAGUUACUAAUGCUUUAAAAAUAUGAGUAAUCACCAUAUGUAUUUGACAGACUUCUUCUGCCUUUUUUAUUCUAGAUUUACUUUAUUUUGUGGCUGUUAGCCGGAGCACUUCUGUUUGAAUGUAUCACAGUGAAUAAAGAAAAGUAUUGGAAUUUCAGUGCAGACACUCUUGUACUUGUACCAUACCUGGGUUUGUAACUUCAGUCUCUUUUAGCUGUUACUUAUUUGUAAAGACAUUCAAAUACAAGCACAGUUGUAUCCACA